ACUCAAGCUGAAGAAGGCAGGGUUCUCGGAGUGUUGCUUCCAAUCAGAUUGCAGGUCUAGGAGAAUCCAGAAAAAAGAGAAGAAAAGAAAAGAAAAAAACUGGAACGGGCUCUGAGGGCCUUGAAAUCAAAGCAUUGAAGUAUCAUCUCCAUCGAAAGAGGAAGAUGGCUUCCAAAGGCGUGCGGCUACUCUUACUGCUGAGCUGGGUAGCUGGCCCCGAAGUCCUGAGCGAUAUCUUGAGACCCAGCUGUGCCCCAGGAUGGUUUUACUAUAGGUCCCACUGCUAUGGGUACUUCCGGAAGCUAAGAAACUGGUCUCAUGCUGAGCUGGAGUGUCAGUCAUAUGGAAAUGGAUCCCAUCUGGCAUCUGUCUUGAAUCAAAAGGAAGCCAGUGUCAUAUCAAAGUACAUAACUGGCUAUCAGAGAAACCUGCCUGUGUGGAUUGGCCUGCAUGACCCACAAAAGAAGCAAUUAUGGCAGUGGACUGAUGGGUCUACAAACCUGUACAGACGCUGGAAUCCCAGGACAAAGAGUGAAGCCAGGCAUUGCGCUGAGAUGAACCCCAAGGAUAAAUUCUUAACUUGGAACAAAAAUGGAUGUGCCAACCGCCAACACUUCCUGUGCAAGUAUAAGACAUAGAGCAAAAAUCAAGCGUCUACCAGCCUUGCACAAACUCUUCCCACUUCCCUCUCACCUGGUGGCUGAUCUAAUCAUUAUCCCAGAGUAAACACUGUAGCAAACAUUGAGGAGGCCUCCAGGGCACUGGCUAUCAAGCCCUGCUUAGCAUGGUGGGACAGUGGCUUCCGGUCUCAGAGUUUAGCAUGGUGGGACGGUGACUUCCGGUCUCAGAGAUUAGCAUGGUGGGACAAGGGCUUCUGGUCUCCGUGUUCACUCUACAAUCCUUUCUGGUACUCCCCUUCCCUCUCAUUGUCUUAAACAGCAAUGCUUAACAAGCUAGAAAUGUGCUUUCUUGACUACUGCGUCUCUGUCAAACCAGUAAAGUUUUGGAGCCAAGAAACAGC